AUGAAUCAGAUGCAGGACCACGAAAAUCAACGGCCAACGGCGCCGCCGCCGCCGGUGCACCCUUUCGUUGCUCCGUUGUCGUAUCUGUUAGGGACGUGGAGAGGGCAAGGUGAUGGUGUUUACCCAACCAUACCUUCUUUCCGCUACGGCGAAGAGCUCCGUUUCUCACAUUCCGGCAAGCCGGUGAUAGCGUAUACGCAGAAGACAUGGAGGUUGGAAUCAGGAGAGCCGAUGCACGCCGAGAGCGGUUACUUCCGUCCAAAGCCCGACGGUUCAAUUGAAGUCGUCAUAGCUCAGAGCACAGGUCUCGUCGAAGUCCAGAAAGGGACUUACAAUGUAGAAGAGCAAUCAAUCACACUCAAAAGUGAGCUUGUGGGAAACGCAUCCAAGGUGAAGGAGAUUAGCAGAGGAUUUGAAUUGGUUAAUGGAAAACUGUCAUACGUGGUUCAUAUGAGUACAACCACAAACCAUCUUCAACCACAUCUCAAAGCCAUUCUCGACAAGCUCUGA